AUGUUCGCGUCGAAAAAAUCCUACCGCGAGAAGAAAGAAGAGCUGGCUCGCGUGCGCGUGCAACUGCACGCCUUAGCCUUGGAGAAUAAGAAGUUAGAACAACUGAUUCAAGACUCUGAAAAUGCGUCUCUGAUUUCAACGCACGAUUACGGGCUCGAAUCUCCCGAAGAUUUACACUCCGCGUUAUCUGGGAUGAAGAAAAUGCUCGACGUGGCGGAGGAGAAAGCGCAAAGAGAAGAGGUUUUGAGGCAAGAAGCCGAGGAACAGUUUCAAGCGAAGAAGCACGAGUAUUUGCAAUCCGCGGUGAGUGGAAUGCAAACGAUGUUGACGGAGACGGAAGUGCAGUUGCACGAGACGCAGAAAAAGUUGGAGGAGUUGGAAACGAAAAGGCAAGAAGCGGAGACGAUGUUCGCGAAAGAGAUCAAAGAGUACGAGACGAGAAUCGCGUAUUUGGAGAGCUUUGUGAAACCGUGCGAGUUGAAGAUUGAGGUGAAGUUAACGGAGGAGGAGAGGGAUAUAUUGCACGAAGUGAACGGUCCGCGAGACGGGAAGGUGUUGAAACCGGCGAAGAGCAGAGGGUGCGGUUUCUUUUAA